UAUAAAUGAUUUUUAAUUGUCUCUGGACUUUUCAACAACAUCCCGUGCGUCAUUUCCGCUGACAGUUAGCAUGGUGUUGAACUAGAAAACUUGUUCUGUUCUAAACAGAAGAAAAAUUGAAGACCUCCCUCCUGGUAUCCCAAAGGCAUCCACCUGAUCACUGUUUUGCAUACCAGGAGAGCUGACCCUUUUUAUGAUAAUCCUCUCCCAUAAGUUCCUAAGUACACAUUCUUUGGUCUUGAAAAACCUCCACCUCCCCUGCUUCCUCUGAAUCCCUCCCUCUUUUAGUUCUACUCGUUCCCUCCCCUCCAUCAUGACUGAACCAGAGCUGCUCACAGAGGUCCCUGCCUCUCUUAAACGCCUGGCCAAGCAAGUUGUCCGGGGUUUCUACGGCAUUGAGCACGCUCUUGCGCUGGACGUGCUGAUCAGGAACCCUUGCGUACGUGAAGAGGACAUGCUGGAGCUGCUAAAGUUCGACCGCAAGCAGCUGCGUUCAGUUUUGAACACUCUCAAGGCCGACAAGUUUGUCAAAUGCCGUAUGCGCGUGGAGACAGCACCUGACGGCAAGACGACGCGACACAAUUACUACUUCAUUAACUACCGGCUGCUGGUUAAUGUGGUGAAGUACAAGCUGGACCACAUGCGCAGACGCAUUGAGACAGAUGAACGAGACUCGACUAACAGAGCCUCCUUCCGCUGCCCCUGCUGCACGAACACGUUCACUGACCUUGAGGCCAACCAGCUGUUUGACCCCAUGACUGGAACGUUCCGCUGUACCUUCUGUCAAACAGAAGUAGAGGAAGACGAAUCGGCUGUGCCAAAGAAAGAUGCCCGCACUCUGGUGGCACGAUUUAAUGAGCAGAUCGAGCCCAUCUAUGUAUUGCUACGAGAGACGGAGGACAUCAACUUGUCCCAUGACCUUCUGGAGCCCGAACCGUCAGAAAUCCCAGCCCUAAAACAGAGUCGGGAGCGGGCUGCCCAGUCCGCAGCAGCAGCCGCUGCAGGGGCACCUGGUCGAGAAAUAUGGAAAGCAAAAGGCUCGUCGUAUGACCUCUACACACAGAAUGUGGUCAUCAGUAUGGAAGACCAGGAGCCUCAGCCUGGUCAGAAUGCUGAGACCAAAGCCCCCAAAGAGAGGCCCGUAUGGCUGACAGAAAGCACGGUGCAGGGGGUGUACAGCGAAACAGAAGCUCUAAAGCACCCUGGCGAGGACCCUAUAGUAACCCAGGAGGGCAUGACUGGAAGAGGAGCCGCACAGGAUGAGAAUGAGGAGGUGAUGCAGGCUCUCCUCAUUCAUGAGAAGAGGAGCGGAGUCGGUCCAGGAGGUGCGGUCGUCUCCAGACCGACCGUUCCAGUGGCUAACGCCAGCGACUCUGACAGCGAUACCAGCGAAUCGGAUGAAGACUCUUUGCCCCAGGCUCCAACCCACAUGGCGCACAACGCUACAGCUUUGCGGCCAGGAAAACAAGAGGAUGAGGACGAAGAUGAUGAUGAGUUCGAGGAGGUCGGGGAUGACCCUGUGGUAAUGGUAGGGGGAAGACCCUUCUCUUACAGGGAAGUGAGCCAGAGACCUGACCUGGUGGAACAGAUGAGUGCUCAGGAGAAAGAGGCGUACAUUGAGAUGGGCCAGAACCUGUUCCAGGACAUGUACUUCUGAGUUCAUCAUAUCUGUCUGCAUAACAUUCGUUCUUUCUGUAUCUUGCUUGUGUCCGUUUUUCACAGGUUGCAGUUUCUCCUUUGCACACUUUAUCUCAAACGGUGUUGUGCAGCGUGCCAGAGCUGAGAAAUGUAGUGUUAUACCUGUUGACUGUUCUUUUUUCUCAACCCUCUGCCAUAUUCAUAUACAAAACUUCUCUGGUGCCAAUUAUACCGCAGUAUCAUGGCUGUAAACAAGAGUAUCAUACAUUGGCAAACACGCUCACACCACUACUUUUUUCAGUUUGUUUGUGGUCUCGCCACAUUCAGAGGCUUUCAAACGAAUAACAGUGUUGCUGCAGUGACCUCUAGAACGGUUUUACUCAAAAGAAAGCCCUAAAUCGAAGGGGUUUUCUGACAUAAUUGACUUUUGAAUGACAGAAAGUGACAGACUCUGUUGUUUUGCACAAAGCUACAGAGACAUUUCAGCAUCUUCUUGCUUUUGCGUCUUUUUCCUUGGGUCUUUUUCCAACAGUAUUUAGCAGGACUUUUUUUUUUUUUUAAAGGAAAGACAAGCGAUUUUCUUGCGACUGACUGCCUUGACAUGAUAUUAAAUGGUUUUGAUGAGAUAUGUUUGUUUAGAGAGUGAAUGCUUUCCUUUCACAGCAGAAAUGAGCACUUUCUUCUCUGAUUUCUGCCUCAGUGGACAUUAUUCACUUCAGUUUGUUUAUCCGUAAGUGGAAAAAGGAUUUUUUUUUUUUCAAUUUGUUAGACCUUUUACAGUAAUAAAAAGUUGAGUGUAAAAACGUCA